UUUUAGGACUUUAGAAUUCUUUAAGUUUAAUUCAGAUACUCAUUCACUAAUGCAGGAUGAGAAAGAGGCAGGACAGUAGAAAUUGUGUGGGAGAGUAAAGUUAGUUCAAAUAUUGAAUAGCUAGCUAUAUAUUCUAUACUUUAGCUAUAUUAUGUCCCUCGAUUUUCAAGACAACAGUAUGAUGUGGGUGAUCUAAUUAUCCCCAUUUUUACAGAUAAUCUCCAGAUACAGAGAGGUAACUUGCCUCGGGCCACCCAAUCAAUACACAGCAAAGCCCCAUGCAAAUCUGGGCUAUUUGGUUCUAGACUCUGAGCUGUUUCGACUUUGUGCCUAGGUAAACACUUUUGAGGGAAAAAAAAAAAAAUCCAGAUUUAAGAAUUUUUGCUAACCUUCUUACGGGCAAAUCACCUUUACUCAAAACUACUUUUAGUUUUUCCAUUUUGCUGUUUUUUUGUGUGUUUCCUUUUUUCUUUAACCGAUAACCCAAUCUAGACGGAACCUAAGGUGCAAAGGGCAUCCAGGGAGGUGGAGGGGGAGAAAGGGAAAGGCAGGUGGUGGUCGCAGGAUGUUGCCUACGAUUAGAGGCCCAGUGGAUUCUGGGAAUUGUAGUCCGAGACAUCCAGGGCAUUGCCGUUUAGGGAUACGGGAGAACCUGACUCUGCUCCCAGAAGCCUCUGGUGUGCCUCGCCGGGAACGCACUUCCUGGGACGCUGAGGGAGACGCUCCAAGAGGCUCCUCAGUGUGGGCGAGAAAAAUGCCCUGCGUGUGAGAAGCAGGUAGGUGUGGUCAAGAUGUUCCGAUUUCUGGGUCUUUUGCAUAAGUAACUGAGGAUUUUAUGUAAAACAGCUAAAUCCAGGGGACUCAGGGGCACUGGACGACGCUGACCACCUCUGUGGAUGUGAAAAUUGAGCUCAGAUUAUUGCUACUGUGUAUUCAGAACUGCAUGUUACUUCUAAGUUGAAUAAAGCUGUUUUGGAACUAUCAGGUACCUCAAAGGUCUGACUGACAGCACUCCACAAGCUUGCCUGCCAUGGGCUGUCGGGAUGUCCACGCAGCCACAGUCCUUUCGUUCCUGUGUGGAAUCGCUUCAGUAGCAGGCCUCUUUGCAGGGACUCUGCUUCCCAACUGGAGAAAAUUACGAUUGAUCACAUUCAACAGAAAUGAGAAGAACCUGACUGUUUACACAGGCCUGUGGGUGAAAUGUGCCCGGUAUGAUGGGAGCAGUGAUUGCCUGAUGUACGACACUACCUGGUACUCAUCAGUUGACCAGCUGGACCUGCGUGUCCUCCAGUUUGCCCUACCCCUCAGCAUGCUGAUCGCAAUGGGUGCCCUGCUGCUCUGCCUGAUUGGAAUGUGCAACACUGCCUUCAGGUCCUCGGUACCCAACAUCAAACUGGCCAAGUGUCUGGUCAAUAGUGCAGGUUGCCACCUGGUGGCUGGGUUGCUAUUUUUCCUGGCAGGUACUGUGAGCCUCUCCCCAUCUAUCUGGGUCUUCUUUUAUAACAUCCAUCUGAACAAGAAGUUUGAGCCAGUCUUUUCAUUUGACUAUGCAGUGUAUGUCACUAUUGCUAGUGCUGGGGGCCUGUUUAUGACUUCCCUUAUACUGUUUAUUUGGUAUUGUACAUGCAAAUCUUUGCCUUCUCCUUUCUGGCAACCACUGUAUUCCCAUCCACCCAGUAUGCAUACUUAUUCACAGCCUUAUUCAGCACGCUCUCGCCUCUCUGCCAUUGAAAUUGACAUUCCAGUAGUUUCACACACCACUUAAUGGGGAAAUAGUUAAUUGUUAAAACUUCUUGUAGCCUCACAUUCCCCUUGUGCAAGGAGCUCUUUUGGACCUAUAUACAUUUUCCUUUGUCUUUGACCAGUCAUUGAAGCCAAAUUUGUAUGUUCUGGUAGAAUGAAGUGCUGCUAGUUUUUAUGAGAAGUACAUUAUAUUAAGUGUGAAUUUUUUUAUUUUGCUUCUUAUACUGGAAGGAAUUUUAGCCUUCAUAUUGAUAUCUAAUCAAUUAUUUAAGUGGAAAAGGCCUGCAUCACAAUUGAGGUGAUUUAGAGCAACAUGUUAAAAGAAUGAUGGUUAUCAGAAACUCUCAUAUACAGUCUUCAUGAACAUUUCAGUGCAUAUUUUUCUUUUUCUACAAUACCUUUAACUGCAAAAAAAGAAGCAGUUUCAAAUAUAAGAAAUUUAUUUCAGGCAAAGGUAAUAUUUUAAUAGUAGUCAAUAAUCUAGCUUAAGGUUGUAACUCUUCUCUUUUGGGGCAGUUGUAUGAAUAGGUGUCAGUAUGUUGAAAAUUACUUUUGUGGGUUUCUUCUACCUCAUGCCAGUGUUUAAAAGUAAACUGUAUUUUGAAUGAUGUUAGAAUAAGACUAACAUUCUAAAUACCUACUACAUAUAAAUGACAUGUAACAAGUUUAACAUUAAUGAUUCCAUAAACUACAUUAUUGGGAUUAAACUGUGCUUUAUGACAGGUUAGUGUUUCCUCCAUGAAAAUUCUCUUUUGGAGAUAACAUUCAUCAAGCAGUACUCAUGCCCAUAUACAAUCUCUUACUGGCUAAGAGAAAUAAAUAGAAGGGCCAUAAUAGUUUGUUCUCUUUCACACAUAAUUUAGUAUGGGACAAGAAAUCUGUUCUUUGGUGACUACACUAGAGAUUUACUCUGGUAACUGCCUUUUGAGUUAUGGGUGAAGUAAGGUAUGGCCUUACCAUAACCUUGAUUCAUUCACCCUUGAUUAAUUUCCCACCCCGUCACUGAUUAUUUCCUUGAGCAUAUAUCUCUGCCUAACACUUCAGUAGGUGCUAUAGAGGAUACGUGAGAAGUAUGAGAUUGGUCCCAUCCAGUAAGACAUUUUAAUAGAGAAGAUUAAAAUGUUACCUGACAGUUGGGGAACAGUCUAACUUCAGUGGCAGUUGGCCUUAACUUCUUAAUCAUUAAUCCAGGAAUAUAUUUCAACCAGAAACAUGAAUUUCUGGCAAACAGACAAAUUGUACAAUACCAACAAUAUCCUGGACCUUGAAAUUCUGUUUACUUCAGUCCAUUGUAUCCUUAAGGCACCUGUGUUAGCCUAGAUUUUGUAAUAACACUCUUUUAUGAGAAUGGGCAAAAGUGGUAGAGAAAUCAAAUUGUUCCCUGUCCACUUCUGAAAGUAUGAUGAUGUAUUAAGGAAGGAGGAGUUAUUAAAAAUACCUCUUCUGUUGAGGUAACAAUUAGAUGAAACCAUGUUAAAACUGAGAUGAACACUAAGAAAUUCAGGGAUAUUGGGUCUUUAGCCUUAUGAAUUUGAGCUGCUUAUUUAAUUGGUGUAAUUUGCUACAUAUUAGUACUAUAUUCUUAAGGAUUUUUUAUUAAUCAUUACAGAUUUUACAAACAGCUAGUUGUACGGUAAACAGAUUAUUAUACUUUUUGCAAAUCUAAAUAUGAAUCUAGUUAGUAUUUGUGUAGAUGUAUUUGGUACUUUUUCCCCUAAUUCCAACACUAGUUUAUAUAUAUAGCAAAUCUAGUUGUAUAUAUUUUUAAAUACCAUCAGUAGAAAGCACACAAGCCUAUGUUUUUUUUAGUUAAUAGCUUCUGGUUUCUUUCACUCUUCACCUUUCUCAGAUGUAGCGGAGUCUUGAUCAUUUUAAGACAAUGGUGGGUAGAAUUUUGAGAUUAAUAUUACUUUUCCCUUUUUGUUAAUUAAUUUCAGUCCUUUCUCACUAUGCUUUUGUCCAGAAGGAUCAAGAAUUCUACCAUCUCCUGGGUCUUUGUGUAUAAACAAUGUUAAAGAAAGGUAGACUCAGCUAUUAAGAUACUAGACAGGUUUUUUAGUCCAUGGGAUUGUACAUAUAAACAUUAAGCUUUCCUAUAAGAAUCUUUUGGCUUUGUAAUCUUUAGUCUCAUAUUGGUAUUUAUUAUGGAUUCACUAGACAAACAGCUGUUUCCUUAUUGUCUUUUUCCUUUAGCGUUUCUGAUUUGCUAUCAGUAGCUAUUUUUAAAGCCAUCAAAGGAAAAUAAUUAUUUACAGUUUUUGAAGUCACUUUUGAGCCUUCAUCAAGCUCUCAUUGUGACGGGAGGGAUACCUUUUGUUGUUAAAAGCCAAUUAACGUUAAAGGCCUUUUAUGGAAGCUAACUUGGAAAACAACCUUAAAUGUGGAUGUAUCAGAUUUGAUUUAUCCAGCCAUGGGAGAGAAAACAAACCUAAGUUUACUUUACUUGUACAUACACACUACGAUGGAUAGUAUGUUUGCUGUAAACUACAAUGUAAAACCUCAAUAAAAGUGCACUGUACUUCUUGAUGUUUAUUAAAAGAUGAUGUAUUUUUACAA